CGGUGUUCGCCUCGGCCUGGGUCGGGUUCAGGGUUUGCGUUAUCCUUCAGAACCAGCUGAUAUUUGCUUUUAUUUCAGGAGGACCUGACGACAAGCCUUUAAUUCCGUUAGUCCUAUAAUAAAAAGACAAAACAAAUAAGCUCGUCAAAGGAUCUCAUUCUGUGGAUAUAUUCAUUAUCCAGAAUAAUUCGAGUUUCAUCUGGAGCAGACAAACAAUGAACCAGCUUUUGUCCUGUUUUCUCCUCACAGUCGGACUGGUCACUGGGUACCGCAGCCCCCUGAAUGACUUCCAGCGCUCCGAGGGCCGAGAGCUGGUUCCUACGUCCUGGAACUCGGCGCGAAUGUCGUCGCUGCCGGGCCUGAACCUGGAGGACUGUGCCACGCGCUGCUCACAGUCUCUGGACUGCAGAGCGUUCAACUACGAGACCCGUCCCGCCGUCACCUGUAAACAUCUUCCCUGGGUUGCCGACGGCGACAACGCAGAGGUGAAGAGGAACGUCAACUGUGACCUUUACGAGAAGAAGGUGUACGUCAGGAAAUGCAUUGUGGGUAAAGGCGAGGACUACAGGGGGAAGGUUUUGACCACAAAGAGUGGCCUCACCUGCCAACAGUGGUGGUCCAAGUUUCCUCACGAUCACAGGUGGAUCCCCUCGCCCGCCAACGGCCUGGAGCUGAACUACUGCCGGAACCCGGACGGGGACCGGAUCGGGCCCUGGUGCUACACCAUCGACCCCGAGCGUCGCUACGAGAGCUGCAACAUCCCCCAGUGCAAAGACGAGGUGUGUAUGACGUGCAACGGGGAGGACUACAGGGGGCAGGUGGACCACACCGUGAGCGGCAGAGAGUGCCAGCGCUGGGACCAGCAGUACCCUCAUCAGCACAUCUACCAGCCUGAGAAGUACCCUGAUAAGAGCUUGGACGACAACUACUGCCGCAACCCGGAUGCGUCGCCGGUGCCCUGGUGCUACACCACCGACCCGGAGGUGGAGCGGGAGAACUGCGAGAUCAGCAAGUGCACUGAGGUUCUUCCCGAGAAACGUCAGCGCUCGAGCUUCACCACCAAAUGCUUCCGUGGGCGCGGGGAGGAUUACAGAGGAAAAGUCAACGAGACCACGUCCGGCAUCCCCUGCCAGCGCUGGGACACCCAGCAUCCUCACGAGCACCCCUUCUACCCCAACACCUACGAAUGCAAGGGUUUGGAGGAGAACUACUGCCGCAACCCGGACGGGUCGGAGGCUCCGUGGUGCUUCACGUCCGUGCCGGAGAUGAGGACCGCGCUCUGCCUGCAGAUCAAACGCUGUGCAGACGACAUAGAAGCCGAGGAUUGCUAUCAAGAAAAUGGAAAAAACUACAGAGGAAUGGUUCGCAAAACCCGUAAAGGGAUCACCUGCCAGAAGUGGAACGUCCACACGCCUCACCAGACAAAGAUCAACCCAAGGACACAUCCUGAGGCUAAUCUGACUGAGAACUACUGCCGUAACCCAGAUGGGGACCAGCAUGGACCCUGGUGCUACACCACCGACCCAAAAACCGAGUUUGACUACUGUGCCAUUAAGCAGUGUGCUGGAGAGAAAGUGUCCCUGACUCAAACAGUGGAAAAGGUGGAGUUCAGCGAGUGCGGGAAGCGAGACGACCGCAAAAAUCCCAGGACGCGCAUCAUCAACGGGAUUCCUGGGAACUCUCCGUGGACAGUGAGCCUCAGAGACAGGAAGGGAAAUCACUUCUGUGGAGGAUCCCUGGUUGACGCCAGAUGGGUGAUCAGCACCAAGCAGUGCUUCUCCUCAUGCUACGUGGACCUGCCCGGGUACUCGGCCAUGAUGGGAACGCUGUUUCGGGAUCCGAAAGAAGGAGAACCCGGCAAACAAACCAUCCCCCUCACCAAGAUCGUCUGCGGCCCCUCAGAGUCUCAGCUGGUCAUGCUGCAGCUGGAAUACCCCGCCCAGUUUAACGAGCGCGUGUCUCAGAUCUGCCUUCCUCCUGAGCGCUACAUUGUUGCCGAGGGCACGGACUGUGAGAUCGCAGGAUGGGGUGAGACAAAAGGGACCGGAAACGAGACUGUCCUCAACGUGGCCCACGUUCCAGUUUUAAGCAACAAUAAAUGCAACAAAUACUUCAGAGGUCGUGUGCGUGAGAAUGAGAUGUGCACAUCAUCUUUCCAGGGUGGAGUAGGAGCCUGUGAGAGAGACUACGGGGGCCCGUUGGCGUGUCAGAACAGGGACUGCUGGGUCCUGGAGGGCGUGAUCAUACCCAUGAGGCGCUGUGGACACCCAGGGCAGCCCAACAUCUUCAUCCGCGUCUCCGUCUAUGUGGACUGGAUAAAGAAGGUCAUGGAGAUGGACAAGGACCAGGGACUGACUGGGACGUUGUCAGACUCUGUUUGAACAGUGAACUAUUUGCAUGUUGUUCAUCACAGUUAUCUUUCAUUGUUGCUAUUAAAUUAAUAUAUUAACCUUUACAAUUUCUUUAUACCCGUUUGCAGCACAUCUAUUCAAGUGCAGCU